GAGUGAAUGCCAUUUUUUUUGCCAUGUUAAAAACUUCUACAAAUUGAUAGUCUAUGAUUUAGUCAAUAUUUCUACACUAUUGUCAAUACCGAAUAGUUGCAAACUCUAAAUUAUUGUGAAGUGAGAUAUUGUAACUAUUAAAAUCAUGUUAAUAUAGAAGAUUUAUAUGGUAUUUUAUUAAGAGAUAAUCAGUUUGUACUGUGAAGAGAAGGAUCAUGGCUGGGGAGGAAGAUAAGGAUGCCAAAAUUGCAGCGCUGCAGCAGCAGGUGUUGCAGCUGCAGGAGAGCAAGCAGCUGCUGGAGAAGGAGUUUGGGGAAGGACGAGCCAAGCUCAAGCAGAUGUACCUGCAGAAGGAAGAAGAGGUGCGCGCCCUGAGGCUGGAGCUGGAGGAGGCCAACAGUCGCGUCGUGAUCGCCGAGUGUACGGCGGACAACCGCGUGGACACCGAGCAGCGCAAGUGUCGGGAGGAACUGGCCACUCUAGAGCAGCUGUACCGGG